UCCUACGUUACGUUACAAAGGCACGUGGUCUGAAUGGCGUGAAAAUAAUUUAUAUAACAUCGACCACCGACACGAGAUGUAAUUCAUAACACGCAGGUUGUCUUGUUCUAAUAACGUCUGCAGGAACUGUUCAGCCGUUGAAAGUCUACAGAAUAUUCAACUGCACACAGACUCUCUCCAUUUUACGAUAGAAGAAGUCGUACCACAACAUCGGGUUAUUUUUAGGUUCGAUAUUGACAUUGUAUUUGUAAAUAAAAGAAAUCAAAGAAGCCGACACCGACCACACCUGUCACUGACACUGUCAUCUUUUAGCAAUGGCAUCUGAUGUUAGAUCUUUAGGUAAACCUGGUUUCAAGUUUACAAAUUGGGCCACCACAUAUUCCUGUCAUCCUGAAUUAUAUUUUGAACCAGAAACAACAGAAGAAAUAUCUCAGAUUCUGGCAUUUGCCCAGAAGAAAGGUAAAAAAGUGAAAGUAAUUGGAAAUGGUCAUUCACCCUCGGACCUGGCAUGUACGACAGAUUAUAUGAUUAGUUUAAAGCGGUAUAAUCAUGUCAUAAAGAUUGAUAAAGAAAGGGGAUUAGUCAAUGUUCAGGGUGGUUGUUUAAUUAAAGAUUUAAAUGAAAAGAUUUUACCAGCAAAUGGGCUUGCUUUUAGUGUACAAGGUACCGUAUCAGAACUAACAGCCGCAGGUGUUAUUUCUACAGGAACACAUGGAACUGGUGCCGAUAUGGGAAUUAUAUCUUCUUCUGUUGUUGAGUUGGACCUGAUGACGGCAUCUGGAGAAAUUCUAACUAUAUCAAAAGACCAAAACGCUGAUUUAUUUCCAGCUGCUGCCGUGAGUCUAGGUUCACUUGGUGUUAUACUACACGUAACAUUCCAGUGUGAACCUGCCUUUAAUCUGGAACAGAAACAGUUUCCUGAUAAACUAGAUAAUGUUUUGAAAAAUCUUGAUAAAUAUGUGACUGGUUCCGAACAUUUCCGAUUUUUUUACUUUCCACAUACAGAAGAUACUUUAUGUUUUAGUGCUAAUCGUACUAAAAAGGAGAAGAAUUUAUCCUUUAGUUGGUUUUGGGAAUCAUUAGUUGGAUAUCAUAUCUUCCAGGCCUUGUAUUGGUUAAGUACAUUUAUGUCGUUCUUGGUACCCGUAUUAAAUCGACUGUUUUAUAAUUUGUUAUACGCUCACAAGAAGGAGAAAGUAGAUCGAUGUGAUCGGAUCUUUAACUUCAACUGUUUAUUUAAACAGUACGUCACAGAAUGGUCAAUACCAAGAGAUAAAACUGCACCAGUAUUGACAGAAAUUAAAGAUUGGAUUUUAAAAAAUAAAUUCCCAGCCCAUUUUCCUAUUGAAGUUAGAUUUGUGAAAGGUGAUGGUAUUUAUUUAAGUCCAGCAUAUGGAUGGAACGAUACAUGUUAUAUUAACAUCAUCAUGUAUACGCCAUUUAACAAAAUUGUACCAAGAGAAAAAUAUUGGGAAGCUUUUGAGAAGGUUAUGUCUGACUACGGGGGCCGUCCACACUGGGCUAAGGAUCAUAAAUAUGGCAGAGAAGAAUUUACUAAGCUGUAUCCACAAUUUGAGACAUUCUGUAAAAUCCGAGAGAGAUUGGAUCCCAAUGGCAUGUUCCUUAAUUCCAAUCUUGAAAGAGUUUUUGGUAAAAAUACCAUGUCCAAAAUGAAUGUAUAGAUUUUGCCUUGAUAAUCAAAAUGUUUUUUUUCAACGUUAGAUAUUGGACUAUAGUUACCAGAAAGAUUCAAACUUUAUUGGCUUAAAUUGAUUUGUUUGUUCGUCUGCCUGUCCAUCUCACUUUUUGUAACACAAGAACAUGCUUCUAAUUGAGGUAAAAAGUUCAAACUUAGGGUUGUUAUUUAUCAGGUGAAUGAUUUGGCCCGAUUUUGACAAUCAGCAUUUUCUGCCAAGGCUAAGCAGAGUAAGCAAUUUCAUCGGUCAGUGCUUUGGAAUAAUUGAUUCUAAUUUGAAAAUGAUGAAACUUAGUGUCAUUACAUCAAUACCGUGAUGAGAAUUUCAGCUUAGGCUAAGUGAGACCUCAAUUUGAUUUGUUGAAACUUUAUAUUCUUAUUUGAUGGAAAAUUAGAAUCUUUCUGGCAACUGGUUCCCAAUAUUUUAGAGAUGUACAUAACACAUUCCACAUACAGUAUUUAUUUUACACCAGGCCUCUCAUUUUAUUUGUAUUAACUGGUCUUGACUAACUGGCAGUGAAAUUGACUGACUUGCAGUAGAAUUGACUGACUUGCAGUGAAAUUGACUGGCUGGCAAAGUUAUCUGGAAUAAUGCUAAAAAUUGUCUUGUUACUGAAGUGAAAGCCUUGUAGUCCGGCAUAUUACCGGUAUUACGAUUGUCUGCAGAUCCUCAGACAAUGAUGUCGCUGUGAAUGGCAUAAAACAUGGGCAUUAAAUCGCCAUUCUUUACAUUUUAAAAAUUUCCAUCUACUGUAUAUUAAGGACUUAAUUCAGGUUACCACAGAGGCACCAAAACAUUAGAGUGUAAAUUUCUCUGCCAGUCAAGGGUGGUAAUUAUGACCGAAAAAAGAGCUCUACCAUUUUGAAUUACAUGUACAUACGUUGAUGGAGGGGGUGUACUUUGUACUUCCAUCAUUUUGUAGUUAGGGUCAUUUAAUGGUCUUAAUGAGGCUGUGUGAACAGUGUGAACCAAUCCAUCUUACAAACUACAUGGCAUGAUGACACUUUUCAUUGAAUUGUAUACACAGUUUUCAAUGAAUUAUUUAUACACUUUUUAUUUAAGUGUAACAGACUUUUCAAUGAAUUAUAUAUACACACUUUUCAAUGAAUUAUAUAUACACACUUAUCAAUGAAUUAUAUAUACACACUUUUCAAGGAAUUAUAUAUACACACUUUUCAAUGAAUUGUAUACACACUUUUCAAUGAAUUGUAUACACACUUUUCAAUGAAUUAUUUAUACACCUUUUAUUUAAGUGUAAACUGACUUUUCAAUGAAUUAUAUAUACAAACUUUUCAAUGAGUUGUAUACACACUUUUCAUUGAAUGGUAUACACACUUUUCAAUGAAUGGUAUGCAUACUUUUCAGUGAAUGGUCAUCUUAUAUGUAGAGGUUGUUAUUUGUUGUUGAUGAAAUGUUAUAUUUUGUUUUUAGCUUUAAGCUGGUAAAAAAAGGUGCUAAAUGUCCCAAAGGGGAAACCUAAAUCAAAACAAUGUUAAGAAACCCAAACACUAUGAGGUUAAAUAAUUACCCAGACAUCUUAAUGGGGAAGUGGUAUCAGGUGGUUUUAAAAGAUUAAAAUGUGUCUGAUUCUUUAUUUAGUUAAUUUUACUUGAAAAGCGAUCUGUAAAUGAACAAGAGGUAUUUUAGAAUUAUUGUGAUAUUUUUUUCUCUUUAUUUAUGUCAUUAUUUGACAGUAAUUUUUUUAUAGCAAUUAUAUGUUUACAUAGCCAGUUGUUAUUGCAUAUUUUUGCAUUUGUUUGUAUUAAAAAUACAUUUGAGAUAUUAAAUGAAUUACUAUUAUGAGGAGAUUGAAUAAUGUCUGUUUUGUAUUAAAUGAUACUAUUAUAACUCCAGAAUCUUGAUUGGUCAAUCAGAUUUGGCUCAAAAAUAAAAAUGUCCAUUUGACUGGAUUUUUAUGUGUUGAUUUGUAUUGUGGGAUGAUAAUCUGUCUUUAUUGAAUGUUUUACGUCUCUAGACAAGGCCAGAAUUGAGAUAUACACCCCAUAAUCAUUUUUGCAUACCAUUAUUAUUAUUCUGGAUAACUGUUGCUAUAAAAUGUUAUUCUGGGUAACUGUUGCUUUAAAUUGUUAUUCUGGGUAACCGUUGCUUUAAAUUGUUAUUCUGGGUAACUGUUGCUUUAAAUUGUUAUUCUGGGUAACUGUUGCUUUUAAUUGUUAUUCUGGGUAACUGUUGCUUUUAAUUGUUAUUCUGGGUAACUGUUGCUUUUAAUUGUUAUUCUGGGUAACUGUUGCUAUUAAAUGUUAUUUGCUGCUAUUAAAUGCUAUUCUGGGUAACUAUUGCUUUUUAAUGUUAUUCUGGGUAACUGUUGCGAUUAAAUGUUAUUUGCUGCUAUUAAAUGUUAUUCUCCGUAACUGUUGCUAUUAAAUGCUAUUCUGGGUAACUAUUGCUAUUAAUUGUUAUUCUCCGUAACUGUUGCUAUUAUGGGUAAUUGUUGCUAUUAAUUGUUAUUCUAGGUAAGUGUUGCUAUAAAUUGUGAAUAACUAAUAAAGAACAAAACCAUAAACUCGACAGGGUCAGGAUCCAGAAAAUAUAAGAAUUGUCUUUGACCUUUUCGUAGGGUUUGGGUUAUUCACAGAAUUUUUACUUUUUAGAUAUUAAAUUUGAGCACUUGAUAAAAAUGAGAAAUUUUUAAUGUAAUAUUUCAUAUUUUAGAACGGUACAUCAUUGACUGAGAAAUGUACUGGCUAUAUAUAAUAAUAAUAAUAAACUAUUUUAUAACAUU